AUGUCAACAACGUCUGUCACAGAUUUUCUCGAAGAUACGUUAAAGAAAUGUGGCGGGCUUGGACGUUUCCAAUGGAUGAUCAUCGCUAGUGUUUUAGGCGGGAAAGUAAGCGUCACUUGGAGCAUGUUGAUGAUGUCAUUUGGUGGCGCUAUUCCAAACUGGUCAUGUCAAUGGGGAAACCUGUCGUCAUUCACAGUUGACAUACAUGACACUGACAACACGUGCAGUGCUCCCAGUAAUUAUAGCGAUUUGAUAUGUGUCAUGAAAACAUUUGAUCCAUCGCUCCAUACGGUUGUUAGUGAGUGGGAUCUUGUGUGUGACCGAGACUGGAUAACACAAACAAUAACAACUAUUCAGAUGAGUGGACUACUUUUUGGUGGAUUGGUAGCAGGACAAAUAGCUGAUAUGUUUGGACGUAAACCUACCUAUUUUUUAUCUAUGCUUAUGCUGUUCGUCUUUAAUCUUGUAGCAGCUUUCUCGACCAGCUGGCAGAUGUUUGCAGUUUUAAGGUUUUUAAUUGGAAUUGGGUGUGGAUUUUAUUUGACUGUUUACUUUACGUUCACAAUUGAGUUUAUUUCUGGUAAAUAUCGCCCAAUGCUAAUUGCGAUUCCGUCAUGGCCGAUAUAUGCCGCUGCCUUUGGUGGAAUGGUCUGCUUGAUUAAUGAUUGGAUGUAUCUUCAUAUUGCAACAGCUGUGGCCACACUACCUUGGCUGUUUACAUGGUGGAUUAUUCCUGAAAGUUUUAGAUGGCUUGUUUCCAACUACAAAGUCGACAGAGCGAAAAAAAUCAUUGGGAGGAUGGCCAGGAUAAAUAAAAAGCCAGUACCAGACUUGUCGAACAUUGAUUUUCUAUCAAAAUCAAUUUCUAAUGAUGGUAAAAAGUACACAUUUGGCGAUGUGCUCAAAAAUAGAGAACUGUUGAAGAAGACAGUCCUUCUUGGGGUCGGAUGGACAUCAUGUGGAUAUGCGUAUUACGCCAUCAGUUUUGGUGUACAGCAACUGUCAGGAAGUUUGUGUUUGAAUCUUUUUCUACUUAGUGUGGUAGAGAUUCCUGCUCAAUCAGUGACUUGGUUUUUUAAUCAUUACAUCGGUAGAAAAAGGACAACGAUGAUGUUUUUUCUAAUAGCUUCCAUAGCAGGAUUCGUCGUUGGAGUUAUACAACUACUAGAGGUACCAAAUAAAGGUCAGUUGAUUAACGGAUUUGCUUUGACGUCAAAGCUUGGUGUUGCAGCGGGAUGGGCUUCUCUUAUGCUUCUUACUUCAGAAUCUUUCCCAACCGUUGUGAGAAACAUAGGAUAUGGAAUCCAAAAUUCAGUAUCUCGUAUUGGUGCCAUGAUAGCUCCCCAGAUAGUGUAUGUGGAAGAUCAAAGGCUAUGGGAGCAGACCCAGAAAGAAAAGCUGAAUAGCCAUGGUAGGCAAUCGUCUAUGGGAAAGAAUACCCAGACAGCAAAACUCCAUCCUGCAGGUAGUAGGUUUAUCGCAUGGCUAAUCACCAGGCAGAGUAAAAAGAAGCUGAUUACGGAAACCACACCAAACGAAAGACUGAAUUGCGUGAACGAGGACAUACGUCAUACAGACGACCCAAUGAAUGUGUCUAGUGAAAGCAGAAAUGCAGCUAGGGGCAAGAAGUGUGGACUCUUAACCGCAAACAAUGUUCUCAGCAUAGGGGCAUGGAAUGUGCGGACCAUGUAUGAGACGGGAAAAACAGCACAAGUUGUUAAUGAGAUGAGAAGUUACUCAGUUGCCAAGUGUUCUUCUAAUGCACCAGUCAAUGACAAUGAGGAAAGAAGGGAAGAGAUGUUCUUGUCUAACUCAAGAUUGUACAAGGAACCAGGUGGAUAA